AAAUUGCGUGAGUCAUUUGCUGUGUUUUAUAUUCAGCCAACAAGACGGUCCAGAUGCCACGGAAAAAAGCUGUCGGGACAUCCGGCACCACCAGGCAAAGGGUCUGGUGGCGUUUGAGACAGCAAUGGAGGAUGUUGGGGGUGUUUGAGAUCAACCCAGAGCACGAGUUCUAUUAUCUGACAUGCGUAAUUAAAGAAGGCAUGCAGGCUGUAAUCCAGGCCUCUAUGGACACACCACCUGAGGAUAAACUCACAGAGAAGCAUUUCAAGGCAGUGGAAACUCAAACCCACGAGGGCUUUGAGAUACAGACGUUUGCAGCACCAGUAUUUGCUAAACUGAGGCAUUCACUGGACAUCACAGAGGAGGAAUACCUGAACUCCCUCUGUUUGGGUGGCUACUACCUCAAGUUUGUCAGCAACUCUAAAAGCAAGGCAGAUUUCUUUGUCACGAAUGACAAGUGGUUCUUCCUAAAGACCCAGAGCAGAAGGGAGGUCAGGUUUCUCCUGUCCAAUCUGCAGGCAUACGUGGACCACCUGGAGAAAUACCCUCACUCACUGAUGGUGAGAUUUCUAGGUGUCUUCAAGAUUGUUAUUCCAAAUCAAAUAAAGAAGUACUUCAUCGUGAUGCAGAGUGUGUUUUACCCUGAUGAGAGGAUCAAUAUCAGAUACGACAUUAAAGGCUGUGAAGUGGGUAGACGGACUAACCCUGACACUGGGGGAAAACAAAUGAUAAAAGUGCUGAAGGACAAUAACUUUGAAGGGCAGUACAUUGCAUUAGGUCAAGACAAACCCUGGUUUGCAGAUCAAGUGAAAGUGGACACUGCCUUUCUUCAGGGGCUCAAUGUGCUGGACUACAGUCUCCUGCUGGCCCAUCAACCUCUGCACCGAGACGAGCGCGAUGGAAAACACUCUUUGGCAAAUCUGGUUGUUCGUGCCACAAAGUCUAUGGACUUAGAUGAUAGUCCCACAGAGGUAGACCCCCCCUCAAUCCCACUACUAUCAGAGACCCGGGGUGAUACCACAGACUGUGGGUCAGGCCAGCCACAGGCAGCAGCUGAGAGUGCCACUGAAGGGAUCCCCCUCCAGGAGAUAAACUGGGCCGCUAAAGAAACUAGGACCGACUCAGUGCUCCAGGAUUUUCACGAGCAUCAUCACAGGCUUCUGCCCAAUUGCAAAAAUGCCAUUCAUGUGAUUGAUGGGCCGGACCGACGCUACUUUGUGGGCAUCAUUGACAUUUUUACCGUCUACAACUGGAAGAAAAAACUGGAGAACCUGUGGAAAAGCCUCCGUUACCCAGGCAGAGCCUUUUCCACGGUGAGACCAACAAAGUACUCACGCAGAUUCUGUCAAUGGAUGGAGGAACACACUCAAUGACCAAAUGAAGAAAAACAUUCAUCACUGACAAAAACACAGCCUGCUAUAUAAUCCCCAAAGUCCACCGGAUGAGUUUGUGUCUCGCACUGACUCUGAUGUUUGAAAUUCACCAUAUUGUGGAGUCCAAAAGCCAAGUGGUUUUCUUAUUUUUAUUUCUUAUUUUCAAAGAUAAAACCACAAGAUUAAUAAAACAAUUCAAAGUGACUCUGUACAUGUGUGUUUUUAACAUUGAGUUGUUAUACUUGCAGAUAGCUGUAAGAUGCUCUUGAAACACCAGUAGUUGUGCUUUAUGUGCUUAUAGCAGUAACACCGGUACAUUCUUCCUGCUUGAAUUAUGCUACGUUAUUGUAAAUGAACAACGCAAUCAAAGAGACUGUUCAAAGAAAGUGAGACACGAUUAGAGACCAAACAUAUGAAUCUUUCUGAAUGAUGAAUAAAUAGCGUAUGAGACAUA